AUGAAAUUCUUUGCUGUGAUUGCACUUCUUUCGCUUGUUGCUGCCGAGAAUUGUGUGGCAACUGAUGGAUUUGAAGAAACUGAGCCUGGCCAUCUUGCCUACGCUUUUUGUGGUGAGGGAGAAUGGGGUUACAAAGUCAGCCUUUGCUCGAAUUCCAUUAAUCCGACUUGGAUACCUAUGGAAGAUAUUUGUACUCCUAAAAAGAAGCUUAUUCACCCCAACUUUGGUCUUAACUAUCUGGAGUAUUCUGUUAAGGCUGAUGGUAUGCCCCGCGAAGAGUACUCUCCGAAGGUCAACUACUUCAUGUCUGUUGCCUUGUCGAGAUUGUCAUCUUUAUUUGUUCUCCACCCUAUUGACGUAACUGUCAUUGAUGUUUCUGGAGACGACAACUCUACGACCAUGCUUAUUCACCAUUUGGUUGAUUCCUACAACCGAACUGAUCUCAUUAAUGUGAUCACCGAUUAUUUUAAUGAUGGUAGCUUCAAUACGCUGAUGGCGUCCUUGGACAAUGAUUUCUCUUAUAUUGAUUUCUCUUUGGUCAAGGACACGUUCCGCUGGUCGAGCUUCAACAUUUUCUAUAACCCCUACUUCGAUAUGAUCUUAGGUGUUUUGAUUGUGGCCUUCAUUUGGUAUUGGCUGUGCAAGUUGGGAAGAAAGUGUUGUGAGAAGAAGAAACAGGAAAAAGAAGCCGCUGAGAAGUUGCUGCCGUAA